AUGGCUAACAUUUCUGACAAAUUUCCAGCUGGUUCUUACCUUAAGGAUCGGAUUCCUUACUUGUUUAUGUGUUGUGCUUAUUCUCGCACACCGGAGAUGUAUGAGUUCAAUAUGGAAAUCUUGAGGAGUGAAGGUGGCGACAUAGUUGCUCAAUUUCUGGAGGAUCUUCCGAAGGAGAACUGGUGUAUGGCGUACUUUAACGGCGAAAGAUUUGGUGAAAUGACAAAUAACUUGGCUGAGUCUUUCAAUAAUUGGGUGUUGCCUUUGAAGAGUCUUCCUAUUCUUGAUAUUAAUGAUGGGAUUAGAGUGAAGUCCAUGGCUUCAAUUGCUGCUCGGAAGCAGGAUGCUCAAGAAUGGUUCUCUGAGUUGUGCCCGGUGAUUGAAAAGAAGCUGAAGGAGAAUUUGGAAGUCGGAAGGCAUUGGAGAGUGAGCAGGUCUGAUACCUAUGUGUAUGAAGUUCAUUGCCAGAAGUACAAUAGCAUGGUAAAUUUGGAAACUCACUUUUGUUCGUGUGGAGAAUGGCAGCUGUAUGGCUUCCCAUGUUCCCAUGCCCUUGUAGUGAUCCAACAACAUGGUUCUUCCCCGUAUUUGUAUGUCAAUGAGCUGUACAAGGUGGAGAAAUAUCGAGAAACUUAUUCUUUCCCAAUUAAUCCUCUUCCCUCUAUUUCGAAGCAAGUGCAUGAUUUUGGUAGAGAUGCGGUGAUAUUGCAGCCUCCUUUGACUAGAAGACCACCGGGAAGGCCUAGAAAGAAGAGGUUCAGAAAAAGGAGCGAACAAACCAGGGUGAUCAAGUGUGGUAGGUGCGGAAAAUGUGAUGGUCACAACAGAAAGAGUUGUACAGCUCCGAUAUAG